UCCUAGAAAAUAGAAAGAAAAGUGGAAUGUAAAGCACAUCAUAAAUAUGGACAAGGAACUAUGAAUAACUAACUGGGAGAAGAGGAAAUGCAAAUGAGGACUAAAUGAGAAACAACUCCUCGUGCACAACUCUGCUAACAGCGUCCGUACAGUGAAGCAUGGUGGUGGCAGCGUCAUGCAGGUUUUGCAAAACUGGAUCCAAACAAAAGAGAAAUCCCAUCAGGAAGCCUCCGCCCUUCCGAGCAGCCACUCACCCCGUAUAGCUCUGCGGAUCCACCGGCCACGUCUCCAGACCUUCCCCCGCUCAGAGACACAGAGGUCCGGGCAGCCCUCGUCUCCAGGCAGCGGCCAGACCCAAACAGACCAAAGGACCAAAGGACCAAAGCACAUCCACGUCCCAGCCAUGCGUUUCUACAACAAAGUGAGCAUCAACACCAUGAUCCUCCUGGUGUUCAUGCAGGGGGCAACGGUGUUGUUGUUCUGCAGCUGGUACUAUCAGAUCAGCCCCUGCAGCAUCAGCGUUCCCAACAAGAAGACUCACGUCCUGCUGCUGUCGUCGUGGCGAUCAGGCUCGUCCUUCCUGGGCCAGGUGUUCAGCCAGAACCCGUCCGUGUUCUAUCUGAUGGAGCCCGGUUGGCACGUAUGGACGACGCUGCGGAGCGGCGGCCGCCGGGAGCUGAAGAUGGCGGUGAGGGAUCAGCUGCGGAGCGUGUUCAAGUGCGACUUCUCGGUGAUGGAUUCGUACAUGCCGCCGACACAAAGGAACGUUUCCUCGCUGUUCAUGUGGAGCCACAGCCGAGCGCUGUGCUCGCCGCCGGCCUGUUCGCUCACGCCACGCGACCAGUUAAGCGACCAGGAGAAGUGCAGUCAGAAAUGUGGCCGCGUGGGGCUGGAGAAAGCGGAGGAGGCCUGUAGCACCUACAGCCACGUGGUGCUGAAAGAAGUGAGACUGUUUGAGCUGGAAUCCCUUUACCCGCUUUUCAAGGACCCGGACCUGGAUCUCCGAAUCGUCCACCUGGUGCGAGACCCCCGGGCCGUGAUGCGGUCCAAAGACGACUCCGCCAAAUCCUUCGAGCUCGACAACUCCAUCGUCGUGGGGCAUCAAAAGCUGACGCCGGCCGAAGCGCAGUCUAAGGCCUUGCAGGAGAUCUGCCGCAGCCACGUGAGCAUCAACGAGAGGGCCAUCGUGAAGCCGCCGCCGUUCCUGCAAGGCCGCUACAAACUGAUCCGCUACGAGGACAUGGCUCGUAGCCCGCUGGAGGAAGUCAGCUCCUUGUACGAGUUUCUGGGUUUGGAGAUGACCCUGGAGCUGGAGGAGUGGAUCUACAAGGUGACGCACGGGAAAGGCCACGGCUCCAGGUCGGACGCCUUCAAGAUCACGUCGCGGAACGCCGCCGACAUCUCCCAGGCGUGGCGCACCAUGCUGCCGUACAGCAAAGUCAAGCACAUCCAGGACAUAUGCAAAGGCGCCAUGUCGCUGCUCGGGUACAGGACAGUUAACAGCGAGGCGGAGCAGAAGAAGCUGGACCUGGAUCUGCUGGUUCCACAGGAGCCGUACGAGUUCACCUGGGACAAGCCUCAAACGCAGCAGCCCAAGAAAACAUGAGCAUCCUGUUCUGCACAGACUGGUUCUACGAACAGGAGGGCGCGCUGGCGUGAUAUUCUAGGGUUAAAGCUCAGAUUCCCGACGAGCACACACCUCACACUUUGACUAGAUUCAAAUAUGAAGCGAUGGAAAAGCGGUAUUUCCACAACAGAAGAAAACAAAAGCAUCACCACACAUGCAAAUACUCUCUGCUUUACAUUUUCCUAUUCCUGAACAGACUCAUCUCCAUAUUCCUGGUUCGUGCACUCACCUGAAACAUCUGGGUUUUGUGGAGUUGAACUCCUGGUUUUAAGGGUUUGAUUGCACCUUGUUUGAAGCAUCGUGCUUCGUGCUUCCGCCACCGAGGCGGGAUGUUGAUGAGCGGCGGUGGGAACAUCACGAAGCACAUCCACAUUAGAAAAACCGCUAACCUCUUUCUGCAACAACUUCGUUCCUUAGUUUUAGUUUAAACAUUAAAACUCCAGCAAUAAUUAAUGACAUUAGGCAGAAUGUGCCUGGAAAGAGUCUCUCCGUUGGAAACUGAUUAUACUAAAGAGAUUAUUUUUCUACUCUGUAUCACACAGUGAGCUACUGAUGAGUUGUACAAGAUUUAAAUUUAGGUCAGAAGACUCUUAAGUUUUCAACGUUCACCUCCAAAAAAACAAAAA